GGGUCUCCGCCCCUUCGCCCCCGGAAGUGGGCCAGAGCGGCGUUGCCAUGGCGGCGUCCCUUGGGCAGGUGCUGGCUCUGGUGCUGGUGGCCGCCCUGUGGGGUGGCACACAGCCGCUGCUGAAGCGGGCCUCCGCCCGCCUGCAGCAGGUCCAUGAGCGGACGUGGGCCCGGCAGUUGCUGCAGGAGAUGAAGACCCUCUUCUUGAAUACUGAGUAUUUGAUGCCCUUUUUCCUCAACCAGUGUGGCUCCCUUCUCUACUACCUCACCUUGGCAUCGACAGAUCUGACCCUAGCUGUGCCCAUCAGUAACUCUCUGGCCAUUGUCUUCACACUGAUUGUUGGGAAGGUCCUUGGAGAAGAUAUUGGUGGAAAAGGUAUUCUGGGGAAAGCCCUUCUGCCCUGAUCCCUCAGCCCUGCACCAGCUCCUCCUAGCAUAGCUGGAAUCAGCCCCUCAAUUUCUGCCCGUUCUCCCAGGAGCACUCACAGGCAUGGUGCUCACCGUGACAGGAAUUGCACUCUGCGUCACAAGCUCCGUGAGCAAGACCCAGGGGCAACUAUCUGCCCUGUGAGUGGGCCGAUGCCACCCUCCAGCCCUUCUACCUCCAGGAACUCCCUGAGCUGUGAGGUGCAGCCAGUGAGCAGAUGGACCUAGCACUUCCCCCUCUGAGCCUCAACACCCUCAUCUCUUAGGGUGCAUUAGCUACCUCAUGGUGGCUCACACAGGAGAACUGCAGUUCAACUGCUAGGAUUUAGCAUGAGAGACUUCAUACCUCCCCAGCAACCUUUCUGCCCCAGCAGCUCUCUUUGUGCUGUCAUAUCGGGCCCCCAGGCCAGCCACUGUCAUCAUGGCCUGAUCUAGACUGUCACAGAAGCAGGGGCCAUGGACGGCAUGGAGAUGGCCAGCUGCAGCCUGAGCCAGAAAUGCAAACAGAAGGUCUCUAGGGCUGUCAGAGGCCUUGGCUGGCUGAGGUGAGGACCUGAGGGGAAGAAGGUACACCAGAAUGGCAGGUGUAGAGAUGAACAGUCUAGGAGCCUUGCCUGUUCCACUUGUGAGAUGGGUGGAAAUCCUCACCUGCCUGCCCCUAUCAAAUAGACAGCCUGGGGUCCCACCACCAGGUCACUUCAGUCAAGUGGCACGGUGCUGGGAGAGUAGUAGCCUCAAAUAAAUCUGCACUAAACA